AUGAUCCCCGACCCCCCGAAGUUCAUCUUGCUCUCCGUCAAACGCACUCUUGAAUUCGAGAGUUCGCAGCUCAUUGUUGGACCAAACCCCCGUCGCUCGAAGCUAUACAACGAUAUCCUCGUCAAUCUCGACGUCGACGUCAUUCCAACUGAAAGGCCGUUCGGAAGACCGCAGUGGCUCGCCAUCGCCAACGCUCUGGAAAGCAUUUCUGCCCUCGCCUUCUUGAUCAUGUAUACCAAGGACGGAUACAAAGCGCCACCAACAGCUCACCGACGCUUCAUCCAUGAUACCCUGCCUCUUGUAUGGAAAUGGCUCGUCUUCCUACAUCCGGAUUCGGCCUACUUCGACGAAGACGAGCUGCGCGAGGCAACCAUCCGCUAUGGAUGGACCCGCUACGCCGUUCGCGCGAAGGACUGGGUGCUUGUCAUGAUCGCGACGUACUACAACUUUAUGACGCGCCCUACUGAAGGUGGACCGGCCAUCCUGGCCAUGCCCGACGCAGCCUCCCAUAUCUUCAACCUCUGGUACUCUCGCAUGGUCCGCUUCCGCCCAGACGAGCCAUCCGAUCACCCGACAGCGGAGCUCCUGCAAGCGCUCACCAAUUUGCUCUUCAAAAACAUUCCUUUGGCAAUCCGACUCAAGGAAGAAGUGAUCUACAGCAAGGGCGAAGCGGCCAUCCGCAAAAUCAUGCGGCGCCUGCGCGAUAAUCUGUGCAUGGAGAACCCGGAAUUCCUCGAACUGGGCAACCUCGUCGAACUUCUGCUAGGGAUGGCGCAUGCUGAGGACAUCCGACCGCUUCUGCGUCCUAUGCUCUGGCUUGCUGUCCCAUUCAUGGAGAUGAUGCAUCACCCUGGCGCCGCGACGUUCCACAUGAGCUACAUAGUGGCAGGGGGCCUCACCGACGAUUCAUGCAUUGCCUUCCUCACGAACGGCUUUUCCAUGCUCGACCGCCUUUCGUCCCAGUUCCGCACCGUCGACGAUAGCAUCCGGAUCAUCCGCGCAGGGCUGUUGCGUCCGGUCUUUCAUUACAUGCAGAGGUAUAACGUGCCCGACGAGAAGGUCUGCAUUGCAACGCAAGCCUGCAACUAUAUCAUCGGGCCUGCUCUCCAUUUUCGAUCGGGUUUGAAGGCGGUCUCGGAAGCUCUUGACUAUGAUCAUCUCCCAAGGCAAGUGGAAGGAGGGUCCCCGGGACGAGACGCAUGGAACACAAUGUGCUUGCUCGUGGAAGAACGAUUGAACUGGGUCGAGGACUUCGCCAGACAGACCCUGACGCUUCAACAUUGUCACAAUGCAUCAGGGAACGGCAAGGACUCCGGCGAUGCCCAUGCGGUGGCGCGUAUUAUUGCUCGCAAACCUGCCAACGAGAAGAUUGGCCACGGCACAAGGCCGACUGCGACUCCGGUGCGCCUCUAUUUUCGACAUUUUCUCCUCUGA